UCUCAAUUAUUCGUUUGCCGAGAUUGAAAUGCUAAAAAGCACUAGUUUGGAAAAAAUAAAUAGUACAGAAGUAGAGUCAAAUGCAAGGAACGUCGCACUUAUACGGCACUCACCUGUCUCUGUCUCGAGAAGGAAAAACAAGCGCUUCGGAAACGUUUUGGAACACUACUGCAUAACCAUCAAACCCCGCCUCCACAGGAGCAGUUCGCUCUCUGACCUCGCAACCAACACCAGCGACUUCACAUUCGAUUUUCUAAAGCACUCUACAAAACUCUUCUCUCAAAAACACGAAAGGGACUCCAUUAAUGGUAGCUCAGGAGACGCCUCGCUUACCUAUCUGAAACGAGACCGACAAGACGCACAAUACAUGUCGUGGAACUUCAAAGGGAAGAAGUCGAAGAGAAAAGCGGAGAUGUCACCAGACACGUUUGCGUCCAAGUUCGCAGCGGAGUAUGUCCAAAACAUCCAAAUCGACAGAGAUGCCUUAGACCUGAACCUUUCAUCGUGUGCUGAUAACUCAAGUGCGUGUAGCAUGGAUCAAAUGAGCAAUCAAAAAGGUGCAUCAUUUCCCUUCAAAUCAACUCCCAGUGGAAAUCUAAAAGUUCAGUCUAAUCAGGUAGUGUUUCAAUCAUCUACAGUUGGAGUUUUACUAGCAGACCCAACACAAGCAAAAGUUAAAGUAAAAUUUGAGGGAAAAGCAGCUGGCGAACCUGAUGAUAUUGAACAGAACUUUGAAAUUGGCAGUGGAUCAGAACCACAGUUACAGUACGGACCUAGAGACGUUCAAAAUACAAAUAUUCAAGCGAGGAAUUUUGAUAAAUGUGCAAAAACAAAGCAUCCUAGUGUAAGAGAGGAUAAGGGCAAAGACUUGGGCAGCCUCGGUUAUGCUGUGGCAGAACCCAUAGACUGGAUGCGGGUGCAGCUGCCUAAGAAGCAAGACCUUUUCCAAGAGUUCUACAGGCGGAUACAUAAUCAUGUGAACACUGAUACAGUGAUCCACAUAGGUGAUGAAGAGUUCCAUUGCCACCAUAUUGUCUUACAAGUUUAUUCUGCUUUCUUUGACAUGAAUCCAAGACGAGAAAUCGAAUUACCUAUUACUAGCGUUACACCCGAAUCUUUUCAAACUAUUUACGAGUGGAUGAUCAUCAGUGGGCCUGAAAGCAAUAAAGUACUGAGAAGGGAAAAUAUUUUAGAUUUAUUUUGCGCUGCACAAUUUUUAGCUGUUAAAGAUUUAGAAGACCAGUGCUGGGCUUUUAUUGUUAACGAAAAUUUGUUCAGCGAAGAUACAGCAUUUGCUUUAUUUCGAGAGGCAAGAAUAAAGGGGAUGCAGCCUGUCGUCGAUCUAAUGAUCCCACGCGUCAUGCGUUUCUUUCUUCCUCUGGUGGCGUCGAGGGACUUUCUAGAACUGGAACCAGAAGAAAUUCUGACUUUCCUCAAGUCUAACUACAUAUGCGUCACAAGUGAAAUAGAAGUCUUGAUGGCUGGAGUAAGAUGGCUGUACGCAGACUGGGCAUCCAGGAGACAGCUGGCCGUGGAGGUGAUGCGGUGUGUCCGCUUCGGGCUGAUCUCCCCGUGGCAGCUGGUGGACAUCAAGAGGAACCCGGACAAUGGGGAGAUCCUGGAGAUCGUGAACGAGCCCGAAGUGCAGCAGAUGGUUGACGACGGUUUGGCGUAUGUGAUAAUAAAGUACUGGUACGGGAACAACUCUAAGAACUACUACCAUUGGAUUGACGUCCUCGGCUUGACUGAGCCAGCUGAGAGGAACUGGAUCGGAGAAGAGAAGAACCACGUGACGUACAAGGAUUUCCUGAAAUACCUGGAGCAGUUCAUGGUGCCGCGCGACCAGAUGUACCAGCAGAUGGCGAUGAUGCAGCCUGCCCGCCGCAGUGAUGACGUGCCAGGCAGCAUGCGGGGUGCCGAUAACGACAAGAUGGAAAUGCGGCGGCCGAAGAUGGAGUUUCCACUUCCAGCUACUCUGAAAGGACUCGCAGGGGACAAAGACAAACUACCCACCAUGAGCGAGUUCUUUGACACAAGAAGAAAGGCUCAAGAUGGCAGCCAUAAUUCCCCAAUGGCAAUGCGGUCACCACCGCUGGAAUCUGAGGCUCUACCUUCGUCUCCCAGAAGAAGUCCCGACUUUGACAAACGCCAGAAUCAGUUAGAAGAGCAACGAAAAAUUACUGAUCAAAAGAAACCACCAUCGCCUACGAAUAAAGUCAAACAAAUCCAAGAAAUCCAUAUGUGCUCCGUUCAUCAAAACCAUAAGCAAAUGUUCGACCCUCCUGAAAAGGAUUCAGCUGACGACUUGAUCACCACGAACAGCGAGACCAGCAGUGGCACCCUGGAAACCAGCACUACAGAUAAGUUCCAGAAUCAAUUCUGCAUUGGAAAGAGUAAAGAAAAGAGGCACAGCGUAGCCGCUUCAUACUUAGCUGCUGCUACAGCUGCUUUAGGAUCCCGCAGGAACUCCCACAACCCUUCAUCUCCAGGCCGCCAGCAGUCCACGGCGAGUGCUCUCCGGAACGAGGCGAUGCCGCGCGCCGCAGGACCGGCAGGACUGGUGUCGCAGAACAACUUCCCCAGCCCGCAGAUAUCGCUCUUCAACCACUCCAAGGAGUCGCUCGCCAGGAUCAACAUGAAUAAACUUUCCACGUCUAUUCUCGGACCUUCCAACAAGAACUACAUAGCAGAUGGGUCGUUAUUCAACUGGGACAGAGAGACGGUUCUGGUCUUCGGUGGGAUUGACCCUCACACAGCUUAUGGACUCGGGAGGAAUACGGGAAAAGAUAUAUACAGAUUUGAUCCAGUGACCAAUGUCUGGGACUACGUGGGUGAGCUCCCAGAGCCGAGACAUCAUCAUUCAGUAGCUUUCCUUCGAGGCCGGGUGUAUCUUGUUGGUGGAGCAGAUCCUAGAGAUGAUGAUAUACGAGGAAAGUCCGUCGUCGUUUCCACCGUAUGGAGCUACGAACCUGUCACCAGAUCAUGGUACAGUGAAAAUGGUCUAUCAAUCCCGAGGAAGAACUUUGGACUUGUGGUACAUCGAAUGGCUUUGUAUGCUAUCGGUGGACAGGACAAGAAGGGCAGAGUCCUUCGAUCCGUGGAGCGUUUCGACCCCAAAUCCGGUUCCUGGAGCGAGGUCCGUUCCAUGGGGUCGGCUCGGAUGGCGGUGGCGGCGGUCAAGUACCGGGACUACAUCUGGGUGGCCGGCGGCAUGACCGGCGAGAAGAAGAGACCCGUCUGCAAGAUCGUGGAGUGCUACAACUCCAAGACCAACGAAUGGACAGAAAUUCACAGCCUCCGAUUUCCGAGAUGUUUCGCGACGUUGUUUUCCAUGAAUGACAAAUUGUACAUCGUAGGCGGUGCAGGGAAAAUUUCGGACAAGGAUAAAACUUCAAGCAGCGUGGGCGCAAUAGACGUGUGGGACUGGAAAGAUCGGGAUUGGAAGCUGGAGACUGAGAUGUCCAUUCCACGGCACGGUCAUGCGCUGGCCUAUCUCGGCACUCAACUCAUCAUCAUCGGCGGUGUAACAACAAUAUACAUGCGGGCUCUCAACAACGUGGAAUCGUUCUGCUGCGAGCGGGGCGCGUGGAUCCGAGGGGUGGCCACCCUGCCUUCCCCCCUGUCUGGCCAUGGUGCGGUCACCCUCCCCCCUGCUUCCCUAAUGUAACCAUGACUUUGGGAAAGCCUCUGCUGUUCAGUUAGGUGCCAAUGAGGAAGAGAAAUGCAUCGACUACAUAAUUUUUUUGCCUCUCAUUGAGUUAUUUUUAAAUGGUUCAACUUUAAAGUACUUUGAACAGAUUCUUAAAACUGUAAUUAAUGGCACAAAUUGUGACGGUCUUGGCACCAAAAAGAAUGGCAGAGACUAAAGUCGUUAUGGGAAUUUGAUAUGAUACAGCUUUCAUUAUUGUCUUUAACCGUUUUGUAUUGUCUGUACUAAAUUAAAAGUGGCUAUUUUAAGUUUCUUAAUUUUGUAGAAAAUUUUCGUGCUCUUAUAAUUUAUUGAUUUUGUCUC